UUCUUUGUCAUUUUAUUACAGGAUCGGAUGAAGUGAGUCCAAUGUGUUGUGCACGAACGGGGUCACACAACAUGCGCUGUACUCCCUUGCGCGUUCCCCGUAGGUCUUCCAAUAACCCGUGCAAUGACACCACCAGAACAUUCCAACAACUGUGAGGAAAAUAAUUACAUAGCCAACACAGAAAUGUGAGUCUUCCCGUGAAGCCGAUCCAGGAAACUAGAAAAAAACGAGACGAAAAUUCAGAGGAUGGCUGGCGAAUUUCAGCGAGACAGCGUCAACCACGUGCCAUCCUGAGGCAUCGCGUGGAUUAGAUCCCUAUCCGUGGGGAACCGGGAUCAGCGACGCAGACAUUAUAAUCAACACCCGAUACCUAUCCUCCUAACAACAGCAACAAAAAUUGAAAGAAAAUCAGCGAAUAGAGCUUGCGGAUUUAUUAGCAAAACCCUCGAGUGAAUUUGAGGUGGGAUAGUUGUCAGUACGGCAAAUGGCGUCGGUGAGGAUGCGUAGCUGUCGCUCGGACUGAUUCGAUGGUCGUGCUCGGGGUGUUGAGCAGGAAGGCAGAAUUCUGCUGCUGGAGUCACAGCUGGUCUCAGGUUUAGUUGCCAGCGCAGUGAAAGGAAAACCGGAAACAAAAAGGUCGGCAGGAUGAGUUUGCUGUACAUGAAGAGUUUCCGGGAGUCGGAAGGCAGUCGGAGGACCACCAAGACCGGCGGCUUUGGCAGCUCUCUGUUCUCCAAGAAGUUUUCCUCGUCCUCCUUGGGACAGAAUCCGCAUGCCCAGGCGCAGAUGGCUGCUUCAGGAUCAGCAAUUUUGCAACAACAACAGCAGCUGACGACGCGGUGCGACUCGCCGCCGGGUUUCUUCGACGAGGAGUGCCCGCACCACGCGGUGAGCCGGGCGGAGUUGCGGGCGCGCACGUUCACGCCACGGGCGCGAUCGCCGCAGUUCCACUCGUGCUGCGUUGUAGGGCGGACUUCGGCGCAGCUCAAACCGCAGAGUUCGUUGGUGACCGCGUCCGCCAACAAGAUCAGAUUCCUCGCGGCGGCGUCCCUGCGUCGCCGCCGCGACGACGACGACGACGACGACGACAACGACGGUGGUUACCGAGGAGGCGGUGGUGGUGGCGGCGGCAGCGCGGGUUUCAAGGAUUUGAGGCACGCGUGCGACGACGACGAACGAGCCACCAUGUUGCAGAUGUACAAUAAUCAAAAGCAUAAGGAGAAGAGCGGAUCCAAGUCGGUGACAUUUCGGAAGACCGACGGCCGGUCGGGUGCGCGUAGUCACAACCGACACCAUGCCCAGCAGCACCACCAGCAGCAGCAGAACGCGAGCGUGGCGGCGAGCACUGUGGCAGGCGCCGCUGUAGCGGCAGCCGCCACCGGCAGCCUGGUCGUUGGUCGGCGACUGUUGUGCGCAGACCCGGCAGCCGGCGGCACAUUGAGCCGCCAGCAAUCGUUGCAAGGCAACCCAGGCAUCAAGAUCGGGCCUCUCACUGUUCGAGACGUGGAAAGUGUCGCCGGGUUGAAGGGCGUCGAAAGCCUGGCCAGUCUAACCAGGGACUGUUUCAUCAUUCCUGCUGAGAAAAUCGGCCGUUUCCUGCCUAUCGGCAUGAUGAAUUGA